AGUAGGUGACGUCACACAGGCGGUGACGCAGUGGUGUGGGCGGGACUAACAGGCGACGAAGCCCUCACUGCGCAUGCGUGCUGCAGCAUAUUUCAUUUUUGCUGCGCAGCCGAACAGCCCUAUGGUUGUAAUUCUCGUCUACACGCAACGCUGUAUCUGUUAUAUCCAAGUUAUAUCAGUGAAUAUAAUGUUUUAUAUGUUGACUGAGGGUUGAAGUCUGUUCGAAGAUAUUUUCGCGUAGAACUGCGACUGAUUUGCAUUGAUAGUCGAGAGAUUUUCAAGUGGCCCAUCGGGUCUGCUAACAAUCUGAAGGCAUGUCUCGAGGAAAUGUUGACUGCAAAGUCUACGUGGGGGAUCUUGGAAGUAACGCCUCACAGACGGAGCUGGAGGAUGCCUUCUCCUACUACGGACCGCUGACCAACGUCUGGGUCGCCCGCAACCCGCCGGGCUUCGCUUUCGUCGAGUUUGAGGACCCACGCGAUGCCCGGGACGCCGUCAGAGGUCUGGACGGACGCACCGUCUGCAACCGCCGCGUCACCGUCGAGAUGUCCACGGGCCGAUCACGCGGCCGCGGCGGCGGCGGCGGCUUCAACCGCUGGAGCAGCGGUGGGUACAACCCUAACGACCGCUGCUACGAGUGCGGCGGCCGCGGCCACUACGCCUAUGACUGUCCCGACAAGAGGAACCACUUUACCGGCGCCGGCGGCCGCAAGAGGUCCCGCAGCCGCGACCGCGACCGUGACCGUCGCUCCCGCUCGCGCUCUCGUGACCGGCGCGGACGUACCCGCUCCUACACGCGCAGCAAGUCGCGCUCUCGCUCCCGCUCCCGCUCGCCGAGGACCAACGGCCGGGACUGAGAGGCCGUCCCGCCGGGACUGAGGUCCGCCCCGGCCGGCCAGCGGGCCGCAUCAUACACUCACGGACGAGCCGCGCGUCAGGUCAGCGCCCGGCGCCGCCGCCACUCAGUCUCUGUCCUGCUUACUCCAUCAUCACCGCCCUCUCCUCUCUCCUCUCUCUCGGCUAGAGUUGCUAGUAGCUGUAGAUGUAGACAGCGCUGACACGGUGGGUGUGUGCUCACACGGCGCCCGGAGUUCGGCGCGCCUGGUCGGAGCGAGCUGGGAGAGACGUCAGCUCCGGGUGCCGCUACCUGAACGAGUCACCGCCCGCGGGGUCGGAGGACGGGUCUGUGCAGAUCUGUCCCUGCCACAGGACGUGGAGAACCUCGCAACCGUGAGACGCGCCAUGGAUUAUUUUUGGUGUCAAUAAACAGUUGACAGGUU